AUGGCAGUUCACCCAAUAUCACAAACAGCCGCUCAUCUUUUGCAUCGUUCAAAAAAACUGGUGCUUAAACUUAAUCGAAGAUAUCAACUUCACUACAACACAGAAACAGACAAUACCGGUGACAACAAUGCUCAAUCAAUGUAUCAACAGGGUGAAAUAUAUUUAUUUGGUAAAUGUGGUGAAUCACGUAAUGAAAAAAGGGCUUUUGAAUAUUUUAAACGUGCAGCUACGAUGAAUCAUACACAAGCACAAGGUGUAUUAGCUUUUUGUUAUGAAUUUGGUCUAGGCGUGGAAAAGGACUUCAAACAAGCAGAAUUACAUUAUAUUUCAGCAGCUGAAAGUGGUAAUGGCUUAGCACAAGCAAGACUUGCUUUCCUAAGAAAAUACGGUCGACCAUCAGUACGAAUUGAUCGCUCAGAAGCUGAUAUGUGGCAACAAAAAGAUAAAUUGGGUGUAUGUUUACAAUUAGGCAUCGGAUGUGAAAAAAAUGAAGAACUUGCUUUUCAAUAUUUUCGACAAGCAGCCGAACAAGAUCAUCUUGCCGCCAUGUAUCAUUUAGCCAAUGCACUUGAGAAAGGAAUUGGUUGUGAAAUUGAUUUGCAAGCAGCUACAAUCUGGUUUGAGAAAGCUGCUAGUUCUGGGUGUAGAACAAGUUGUGAACGACUGAAACGCUUAUUAGUGAAAGAAUGCUUGGGUCAGGAUGAUCACAUCGCUAGUCAAUAUAUUUUUGGCUAUUACGCAGCAGCCGCAUAA